AUGCCUCAACUUCGCUCCGUUACUCUACAAUCACGGCAGAUCGCGUUCUCGCAUGGAAUAUCCAUAUCCGGUCUCAGAGCCAUCCUUUCUGUGCCCGCCUUGCGCGAGCUCACCAUGAAGGACCUCAUACUCGCUCCCUCCUUACAAGAUCGACUUCGGUACCCUAACGGCUUCCCGGUCACCCACAUCCCUCCUCUCACAUCAUUCCACUACCUGUUCAGCAACAGUCCAGUCAGAUAUCAUCCUCUUGUCGAGCGCGAGUGCCUUGGGAGAAUUCUAGGCAGAGUUAACAUCGCACUGGAAUCCUUGACACUCCCUGCCAAAACUGGGCUCUUUGCCGAGAUGUGUCUGCACGAAUGGCCAUUUCUGAGGCAUCUUAGGAUGUACGGCCGUUACGCGGAUGCCCCGGAGGUUUUGCGAGCCUCAUCCUACCCCACCUUCCCCCGGAUGCGCUCCUUGUCCCUGGACAUCGGACUUACAACCCAAGACACCGAAGACCACAGCAUCAAUGUGCGGCGGGCGGCUUCCGGUACAUGUACAUCCUUUGUGCUUCCUUGGCCGGAGCUCGACCACAUCCGGAUACCAAAUCCCCUUCCGGAGGACGAUAUCUACGAUCGCCUCCCCUGCUACCUAUCCUCGCUGGAGCUCGUGUCGCAUCCACAUUACACUCCGUCAUGGGUUCUCAACCCGUUCUGCCAUCCAUACUUCGACGGCUUCAAUUGCGUCCCGCUCACAGAGGCCAAUAUGCUCCGUAUUCUGUCAAGAUGCUCCGGCAUGUCGCUCACUCGACUGGCUAUCGAGUACGUCAUCGCCUCUCCAGGAUCAAGCGAGACGCUACAGUUCGUGGCGCAGACGUUUCCGCAGCUGGUCGAGCUCGAGCUGUUUCGCCGUCAGCCUCCUCUGCCUGCUCCGGAGACCGGAGAUGAAAGGCUGUCUCUGUGGAAACCCGAUCCUCCAGAGUGGGUGGAGAGCAAUGUAACCAUUGUCGCAAAUGCCCUCCAGCCCCUCUCGCACCUGCGAGUUUUUCGUGCUCACCUGGACCUCAAGGAGACGUACACCUACACCAAUCCGGGUCGGGAGUACUGCCUAUAUGAUUGGAGGGUUAAAUGGGCGUCCCGAGUGUUGGAGUUCCAGGACGAGACGCGAGUCGCCGACGUGGUGACCAUAUUCAAGGAUGUUACAGUUGAUCUGGGCGUUUGGACCGCCGGCUGA